CUUCUUACUCCUCAACCUGCACACAAGCCUUCCUCUUCCAUUUCUCGUUCUUAUUACUCCUUUUGGACUUUCUAUAUAAUGCUUUCUUUGUCGCCAAGAGUACCACAUUACUAUGCCAGGAAAGCAAGCUGCAGCAGUGACUAGUGUGCACCUAUAGUCUCAACUUCUCUCAAUUAUUCAUUUCACAACUUUUAUAGACCUCGACUUGUGUGUGCCAUUUCUCUAGGACAUGUGGCCUAAAUUAGUGGCUAAUAAGAUAUUCAAGAAGCGACUAGGUAGCACCGAUUUUAUAGCAGAUUACCCAAGUUAUGAAGAACCCUUGCUGGGUAUUGUAGACAUUCAUCACAACUCAAAAGCCAUUCUUCAUGAUCACAAGGACACACAAAAGUACAAGGUAUUUGUUAGUACAUGGAACGUGGGUGGGAUUGCACCGGAUGAAGAUUUGAAUAUAGAUGACUUGUUGGAGACAUGCAACAACUCCUGUGACAUCUAUAUACUUGGGUUUCAAGAGAUAGUGCCUCUAAAAGCAUCAAAUGUAUUGGGGUCCGAAAAUAAUGAGAUUUCUAUGAAAUGGAAUUCCAUGAUCAGGAAGGCUCUGAACAAGAAAACACAUGAGAGGGGCAGAAAAUUAGAUCAACGUGAUGCUAAAAAACAUUUUUGUCCCAAAAAGGAAGAAAAUCCAGCUAAGUACUGUGAUGCCCUACAUGAUUUCCAAUGUAUCAUUAGCAAGCAAAUGGUUGGAAUAUUCAUAUCUGUGUGGACUAGGAGAGAUCUUUGUCCAUUCAUUCGGCAUCCAAGCGUGUCAUGUGUAGGCUGUGGUAUAAUGGGCUGCUUAGGAAACAAGGGUUCUGUAUCAGUGAGAUUUCAAUUACAUGAAACAAGCUUCUGCUUUGUGUGCAGCCAUCUAGCUUCAGGGGGCAGAGAAGGGGAUGAGAAGAACAGGAACUCUAAUGUUGCUGAAAUAUUUUCCCGUACAAUCUUUCCUAGAGGCCCUUUGCUUGAUUUGCCAAGAACCAUUCUUGAUCAUGAUCAUGUAAUAUUGCUUGGAGAUCUAAAUUACAGAAUUUCUCUACCAGAAGAAACAACACGCUUGCUUGUUGAAAAACAAGACUGGGAUUCAUUAUUAGAAAAUGAUCAGCUAAUAAUGGAGCUAAACACCGGAAACAUGUUAAGAGGAUGGCACGAAGGGGAAAUUAAUUUUGCUCCUACCUACAAAUAUUGUCCAAAUUCAGACAUUUACUAUGGAUGUUGCUAUCACGGGAAAAAGGCAGAAAAGAGAAGAGCACCAGCAUGGUGUGAUCGAAUAGUAUGGUACGGUGAGGGUCUAAAGCAACUUGAGUACAGUAGAAUUGAAUCAAAACUAUCAGAUCACAGGCCCGUUAAGGCAAUGUUUACAGCAGAAGUCAGGGUGUUCCUAUCAGAAAACUUGCAAAACUUGUUCCUAUCAGAAAGAUUCGAACAAAUUAAAACUCCCUUUGAAGUUUCCACCACUGAUGAUUUUGUAAGUAGAAAACGAUCGAGCUUCCGGUUGUGAAUCAUUAGUAUGGUUAAAGAUCAAUAUUGUAAUUUCAUCACAAUCCUGGUAAAAGAAAAUGCAUGUAAAUGUGGCUAAUGCAACCGUAAUUACAAUCAGAGACUAAAAAGACGUGUACAUGUGGUUGCAUGGUUUUUUGACUUUUUCCAAAGAAAAAAAAAACUUUGGUGUGAUAUAUAUGUACAUAAAUGUUUAAUUUUACAUUCGAAAAAAAAAAAAGAGCUAGAAAUUGAGGAAACUUCUAGGAGAUGACAUAUUAUAAGUUUUGUUGCUGAUGAAUAUACAGUGAAGUUGGUUGUUGUUCAAUUAUCCAGUAUUUUAUGUUAUGUGACAGAAUAUGGAACUAUGUCAAAGUCGAUUGGAAAAAACUAUAAUCCCAAAAAUACUUUCCUAUCAUUUGACGCUUAAACCCAC